AUGGAUAAAAGGAAAAUGAACUCUACUGUGACUGAGUUUUUAUUCCUAGGACUUUCAUCUGAGCCUAAGACCCAGCUCAUUCUUUUUGUUCUAUUCCUAUUCUUCUACUUAUUAACGGUGACUGGGAAUGUUAUCAUCAUCAUUGUUAUCCACAUAGAGCCUCGUCUCCAAACCCCCAUGUACUUCUUCCUCACUAACUUGUCUUUUCUGGACAUUUGCUACACCUCCACCAAUGUACCACAAAUGCUGUCCAGCAUGGCAGGGGGCAAGAAGACUAUUCCCUUCUCCAGCUGCGCUACUCAGAUGUACUUUUCUCUGGCCUUUGGGAUGAUUGAAUGUGUGCUUCUGGGUGUCAUGGCUUAUGACCGCUAUGUAGCCAUCUGCCAUCCUCUUCACUACACUGUCAUUAUGGACCGAAACACCUGUGUCCAACUGGCAGCUGUGUCCUGGUGCAGUAGCUUCCUGAGCUCCAUGGUCAUCAAUGUCCUCACCGUGACCUUGCCCUAUUGUGGGCCCAAUGUCCUUGACCACUUCUUCUGUGAGGUGCCCUCGGUCCUGAGGCUGGCUUGCACUGACACGUCACUUACAGAGCUGGUUGUUUUUAUCUUUAGCAUCAUCAUCGUCUUUGUUCCUUUCCUUCUGAUUGUUGUUUCCUAUGUCCGGAUACUUCUGUCUGUCCUGAGGAUGCACUCAGCCUCCGGGAGGCACAAGGCACUGUCCACAUGCGCCUCCCACCUGACAGUGGUGGCCCUGUUCUAUGGCACAGCCAUCUUCAUGUACAUGAGACCCCAGUCCAAGUCCUCACGGGCUGGGGGCAAGGUCAUCGCGGUGUUCUACACCGUGGUCACACCAAUGCUCAACCCUUUGAUCUACAGCCUGAGGAACCAGGACGUGAAAGGAGCUCUGAAGAGAGUUCUUACAAAGCAGAGAGCAUGA